CCCCCAAAACUAUUCAGAAAAUCCUCCAUCUUAUUACCCUAGCCAGACAAAGUUUCCAGGGCCGAGCUUCUUGUGUUCGUGGUGCUGGUGACAUUUUGUUGCUAGGAGAAGUACAAUGGGACCAGGAGGACCCGGAGGACCACCGGGGUGGGGUCCGCCAGCUCUCGGGCCGCCAGGCUUCUUCGGCGGUUUUUGUGACGUUAUUGGUUCUUGCCUGAACUUCCUGUGCUGUUGCUGGUUGCUUCAAGACUGUUUUGGCGGUCCACUAGGCCCCCCCGGUCCACCUGGACCCGGGUUUGGACCUCCUCCCCCAUGAGCAGCUGGUUGCUGGAACUUGCUACUUGCUAUAUUGUACUAGAGUUUCAAUCUAGUUGAACGUCGAUAUGUAAUAAUAAUAGACUGCUAUUUUACUUUGGAAAAACUGUUUUACCCUCUUGUAUCAAGCUAUAAAACAAUUGUCCUUAAAUUAAGAGAGGGUCUCUCAAUAUUAAAUCAUUUUUUUUCAU